GGGUACGUUAGUUUUGGCAGAUGUAAACUCGUUUUCGAUGUGCUCAAGCUCUCUCUCUCUCUCUUCAUCACCAGCAAUUAUGAACGUCUUUGUCGUUCCGGCGUCCCCCAAGACUGGGCAGGCAACCAUUCGGUCUCUCCUCGAUCACCCUUCGCAGCCACACGUAACGGGUGUAUAUCGAGACCUGGGAAGAGUACCGGCUAAAUUCAAGGGCCAUCCUCGAUUUAGGGCUAUCAAGGGCGACGUUGCUGAUGUUUCGAGUCUCAAGUUCGCCGGGGCAGACGCCAUCGUAUCCAUCACGCCUCCGCAGUACUCCGAGUCCAAGCCGAUAACUAGAGCACGGGAGAUGGCAGCAAAUGUCAAGUUUGCUAUCAGCAGAGUCGGGUGUUCAGUAAAGCGUCUGGUAUAUGUGUCAAGUAUAGGGGCUCAUUUGGAGCAUGGGACUGGCGAGAUAAGAACGAACUACGAGGCAGAGCAAGCACUCAUCGGUGCCGCACCCGAAGUGGUCUUUGUUCGAUGCGCCUACUUCAUGGAGAAUUGGGCAUCCGUACUCAAGACAGUGAAUGAUGAUACACCACAUUUUUCUUCUGUGCUGUGUCCUAUAGACUAUGCAAUACCCAUGGUCUCGGUGAAAGACGUUGGUCGGACAUGCGCAAGGGAAGCUCUCGCAACAAGCUCGCCGAUGCGACAUAAUCCCUACAUCUUCAACUUAUACGGGCCAAAAUCAUAUUCAACAAAGGACGUGCACAGAGCGGUAGAAGAUCUAACAUUCAAGUACAACAAGGUCAAGGUCACUCUGGUGGAAGAUGAGCAGUUGGAGGACUUUUUUGCACAAUCAUAUCGGCCACCGACGGCUGAACUCUUCGUAGAGAUGACAAGGAGUCUCCUGCCCGGAGGAAUUGUAGCCGGGAAUAUGCGGGAGGGACAUUUGCUUCAGAGGGGGAGCGAGACUCUGCGCGAGGUGAUUGAAGACAUCCUCAAAGAAUAAAAAUGCGCAGAACACUGGCGACUCGAAUACCCAAGUGAUGACAAUUUUCGCCGCCAGCGAGAGGAGAGGAAAGCACAAGAAAAGAAAGAGAAGAUCAAGAUCAGCUUCGCAAGAGAAGAAAGGAAAAAGAGAGGCA